AUGGGACAGGGGGAUCUUCUGAAGUGCAUAGUGAUCAUUGCUCAAAAGAAUCACCACACAAAACUCUUCCAAGCUGAUUCGCCAGACAACAUUCCACCUAGGACUAUCGUAGACUCUAGUAUUGUUCAUCCAAGGCAGUAUGAUUUUUACAUGUGUGCUCAAGCUGGACCAAUUGGUACCUCAAGACCCACCCACUACCAUGUGUUGCUCGAUGAGAUUGGCUUCUCAACAGAUAAUCUCCAGAAGCUAGUUCUUUCACUUUCAUAUGUGCAUCAGAGGAGCACCGCUACAAUUUUUGUUGUGGCAGCUAUCUGUUACGCCCACCUAGCAGCAGCUCAAAUGGGGCAGUUCAUGAAAUUCAAAGAGUUCGCUGAUACCUCAUCAGGAAGUGGGGUCAAUUCAUCAUCAUCAGCAGCAAUCCCAGAAUUGCCGCUGCUUCAUGCUGAUGAACUAAGGGACAUUGAAGCAACUAAGGCAGUGAAAGGGAAGCCUUUCUUCCUGGAGGUUGACAUCAAAGGACCUGGUCUAAAACUUGAUAACAUGGGAAAAGCUAUUCUUACAGACCAAGAUUGA